AUCUACCCUUUAUCUCUCCUAAAAAAAAAAGAAAAAUAAAGUGGGAGUGGACAAAAUCGCCCACAUUCUUUCUUCACCAAAUCCCAACACUCACUAUUCCCCUAGUCAUCUAACUCAUUUCCAUUCUUAUUUCGCCGGAAAAUGGAGAAUACAAAAGACCCAUCAACCCCUGCGCCGGCAAUCGGUAAGAUUGGCCCUUACACUGUCUUUCUUACUCCUCCUACGCCUAAACCCACUUCUGAAAUUCCUCCUUCAAUUCCUGAAACUCCCAAAAAAGUAGCCGUUAAUUGUCCGCCGCCAGUUCAACCUCCUCCAGCUAAAUUUGAACCGGCCGGUGACCGGUUCGCUUUUCUUUGGGACGCUGUCUCUAAAGUCCAAGACGUGCAUGCGAGUGUAGAUUCGUACAUGGCGAAUUGGUUGGGAUUGAAUCAGUCUAAAUAUCAAUGGGCUUUGGACGAUUAUUACGAAUCUAAAGGAAUGGAGAAGGGAGAUGGUCUAAAAAAGGAAGUUUCGAGCAAGAAGCAGUCCGUUUAAUGAUGAUGCUUGAAAUCAUGCAUAGGAUCUUCUCAAUUGUACCUCCUUCAGUCUUCUCAAUUGUAAUAUAUACUACUAGUACAGAUGAAAAUGAUGGAAUCCGGGGGAGUUCGAGUUGUGUCGGCAUUGAAAAUUUUGUGGCGGUCGUGUACUUUGAAUCUGGUAGGGGUGUUCAUGUUUCCAGUUUCCACAUGUAUUCUUUUUUGUUAAUUUUUGCUCUUGUGCAUCAAGACACGAAUUAAGCAUCAUGCUGUCUCCGAGUUAUUGCUUCUAUGUAUUGAUUAAAAGUUAAAACAUCCCACUGAUACUAUUGAUUUGAAGAUAUGGAUAUUAAAUGUUCAAACUAUAUUUAAA